AUGAAUAAUACAAGUAGACUAAUUGGAUAUUUCGAACAAUUACCCAAUGAAAUUUUAUUAGAUUUAUUUGAAAAUUAUAUGCGUUUAAUUGAUGUUUAUUUGGCAUUUUAUUUACUUAAUCAUCGUCGAAUAAAUAAAAUUAUAAAUUCUGCUCAUUUUUAUAUUGAUAUACCUUCAAAAGAUAUAUUUCAUAUGAAAUCUUUUUCACAUUUUGCCAAUCAAAUUGUUUCAUUACGUUUAACAAUAUUUUCUAAUGAUGAUUUAGAUUUAUCAAAAUUAAUUAAUCUACGAUAUUUACAUAUAGAAAAACCAACAAAUAAUCAAUUAAUUUCAAUUCGACCUGAAAUACUCCCGCAAUUGUAUCAUCUAUCACUUUCACCUUGUUGGUAUAGUGUGGGAGAAUUACCAAAACCUUUAGAAAAUAUUAAUCAAUCAUGUUCGUUCAAAUAUUUACGUUAUUGUAUUUUACCUGAUGGAAAAAUGAUUCGUAUUCCAUUAGAAUCUAAUCAAACUUCUAUAGAAAACCAAUAG